GUAACAAGUUCCAAAUUCUUUCGCACAGCAUAGACCGUAUUGUGUCCAUGUUUCUCAAGGCCCUGAGCUGACAUAAUAGUAAAAUACAAAAGCAUCAUAAUUCACAAGUCACAGCCUGUUCAAGUUUUGUUCUUUACUCCUUUUCUUAAUCAUUCAGAGUUGUGCUCAAAUCGACUAACACGAACUGUUUUGAAGAGUAGACAGGCAGAGAAAGAGAGAGAGACAUCAAAAUAUUCGUUUUUCUUUUGCUUGAAAGAAAAUGAGUGUUUCUUUGAGUGUGAUGACCUUCAAUCUCCACGAUGAUGAUCAGGGUCAAGAGAGUUGUAAUUCAUGGGACAAAAGAAGGGACUUGUGUUUAAGCGUUAUCACCAGUUACUCACCCAUCAUCCUCUGUACCCAACAAGGAGUGAAAACGCAAUUGGAUUUUCUCCAGCAGGGCUUGUCAGGUUAUGAUCAGUUUGGCAUAUCACGAAAAGGGCCCCAAGACACUACUGAUGAGCAUUGCACCAUCUUCUAUAAUAAAGAAAAGGUGGAGCUUGUUGAAGGAGGAACAUUUUGGUUGUCUGAGUCUCCAUCUGUACCCGGAAGCAUGUCAUGGGGUGCUGAAUUUCCAUGCAUUGCAACAUGGGCUACAUUUCAACUUAAAGGGGUUGAACCCCCAGGGUUUUCAUUUCAGAUAGUUAAUACAAACAUGGAUAAGUUCAGCUCUCGAGCCCGCAGAAAAAGUGCUUUACUCACAUGGCAGCACAUUGCAUCCUUACCCCCUAGGCUGCCAGUGGUGUACUGUGGAGGAUUCAACACACAAAAGGAAUCAACUACUGGACGCUUUCUUCUUGGAAGAUCGAGAGAGCAUGGUGUAGUAGGGGACAUGUGGGAUGCAUGGCCUUGUGCCCAUGUGAGGAAGAAUGUAUCCCUAAUCCGCACUUAUCAUGGAUUCAAGGGUAACAAACAAGGAACUCUUGAAAUCUUAGAGUUAAUUUUUAGAGCCCUUUGCCUCUGUUGGGAUCGCCAAACACAGGAUCUUCACAUUGAUUGGGUCCUUUUCAGAGGUAGAUCUCUGAUUCCAGCUUCAUGUGAAGUGGUUAAUGAUAACAUUGAUGGGUGUUAUCCAUCCUCCCAUUAUCCUAUAUUUGCUGAGUUUAUGCUUCCCCACACAGUAAGGAUGCUGGAGCCACCUGUCCAAGAAGAUAACUAAAAUUCUAUUUUUCUAUUAAUUUUUGGUUCCCCUUCUCCCUUGAGUAAUUAUUAGCAAUGUGUAAUGUGUUUCUUACAUGUGGAGAUAUUGUGGCUGUUUCCAACUUUCCAUCAUGAACGUCUUCUCAUUAACAAACACAAUUCAAUUAGUUUGUCAAUUUUAAGUUA